UCUGCGCACAUUCGAAAAACUUGAUAAAGAAAGCCUCCGUCGUUUCCUUGUUCAAAUCGCCACGACGCGACUUCGUUCAUUAACGCAGACAACAUGGCAACCCUCCCGAUCAUGGUACCUGCAGAGAGCGCGGCUCCAAGCCUUGCUACCUCUGCAGAAGGAAUCACGGAGCAGAUGAGAAAUGUGUCGAUCGAGCCAUCGACACCUCCUAAGCCGGUGACUGGCACCUCCGUGCGCAUCAGCGUGCCGCUGGACGCCGCGUCUCGAACCCCGGUCGCCACAACCAGGGUCUACACCGAGCGAAAAAUAAUGCGUCGCGACAGUCUCGAGCGCCGAGAAGCUCUCCUGAAGGGCAAGGAGGGCUCUCGGCAGCGUCGACGCUGGGAAAAUGAUCGCCUUCUUUCCAACCCAUGGGCACAACCACCCUCCCCUGAAGAUUUCGAGGUCCGUCCGACGUACCCUCAACGCACGGUCCCCUACUACCUUGCACCGCUUUGGGAUGCUGCCGAAUUUCAAAGAGCGGUUGAGGCCAAGAUGAAAGGUCGGGCCAAUAGCACAAGAUCGAGAGGGAAAAGAAACACUGGCAUGAGUCCCAUGGAAGAAGCCGCUAUCAGCAUUCCUAGAGAGGUCCGUGCCAGACUGAAGGGUGGCAGAGGCGCCACAGGCAUGCUCCAAGAUCUGGAAGAGACGGUACGAGCAUUUGUACAGAAGUGGAAUGAAAGAGAGGCCAGACUGCGCGAUGAAGGACUUCACGAUGUACCUUUGACAAGUGACAGUGAAGAAGACGAGGAAAUUGUCUUCAUUGGCAGAAAUGGCGCCAUGCACGAUUCUCCUGGCCGCAAACAAAGGGAAAAAGACGAGGGGUGGGACGACACCGUCAGCACUGAAAAAAUGAUUUUCGAAGGUCUGGAUAGCGACAAAGGGGCGGCCUUUGGACGUUGGCUCGUUCACCGUAUUGGAAGCUACUAUGGCUUGAGAACUUGGAGUGUGACUCGUGACGUCGAAGGCGAAGAGCGGAGAAGAGGGGCAUACGUUGGCGUCGAUCAUAGAGCCCGUGGUUUCAUGGGUCGUGGAGUUGAGCUUGGUCGUGAGAUCGAGUUACCCCGGCCAUUGUGGGGGAUGGUAUAGAGGAUCAUCAUGAUGUUUGAUAUUGGAUGUAUUGGAUGGUGCAAGAUAAGGUCGUGUCGUAACUGAAUGAUAGUUGUAAUGCACAUAGAUGUCGAGCACUUGUUUUUGUUUCCAGCCGGCUCGACCUAGAGGCUGCGGCGCCGGCCUGGUGAGCGAUUUUCAAGGAACGUCGUCUCGCCAGCCUGUACCUCCGUAUGCAGAUUUGCACACCUGGAAGUGGAUCGUAUCUGACUGCAGUCAUGGAGUGUGUGCAGAUCACCUCCGCGGGAUAGGAGCUGAUCCGGCGAGAUGACCAUACAGAGUCAGAAUACAUAUCGUGUCGAUUGAACUUCAUUUUGGACA